GCAGAAACGCAGCUGAAUGGAGCUUAAAGGGCCAGAGAUGAGAAAACCCGAACACGUUUCUGAAGGUGUCUGACAGUGACCUCCUUACCUUACCUCCUUACCUUAAUAGAAAGAAGAGUUUUUCAACAGAAGCUUAGGAUAUCUUUAGUCCAAUUUAUUAAUGUACUAACUGGAACUGUGUUCUGACAACAAUUCUCCAUAGUAAAGUACUUCCCCUGCUACAGAACAGUAUUAGUUUCUCUACUGAUAAUGCAACUCAAUGGAGGAAAGUAAUGUUUUGAUAAGCAUGCGUGAAGAUCGUUGCUUUCAUGUGCGAUACAGGAUGGAGGCUUCCUGCCUAGAGCUGGCUUUGGAAGGUGAGCGCCUGUGUAAAGCAGGAGAUUGCCGAGCUGGUGUGUCUUUCUUUGAAGCAGCUGUUCAGGUUGGAACUGAAGAUUUAAAAACACUCAGUGCUAUUUACAGCCAGUUAGGCAAUGCCUAUUUCUACUUGCAUGAGUAUGCAAAGGCCUUGGAAUACCAUCACCAUGAUUUAACUCUUGCAAGGACAAUUGGAGAUCUACUGGGAGAAGCUAAAGCUAGUGGGAAUCUGGGCAACACUUUAAAGGUGCUUGGGAAUUUUGAAGAAGCUAUUGUUUGUUGUCAAAGACAUCUGGAUAUUUCCAGGGAGCUUAACGACAAGGUUGGAGAAGCAAGAGCACUGUAUAAUCUGGGAAAUGUGUAUCACUCUAAAGGGAAAAAAGUAGCUAGUGCUGGGACUCAUGAUCCAGGGGAACUUCCAGAUGAUGUGAAGAAUGCUUUACAAAAAGCUGCAAAUUAUUAUGAGGAAAACCUGACAAUAGUAACAGAGCUGGGUGAUAGAGCAGCACAAGGACGUGCCUUUGGAAACCUGGGAAACACACACUACCUUCUGGGCAACUUCAGGAGCGCAGUUUUAGCCCAUGAACAGCGUCUCCUAAUUGCAAAAGAAUUUGGUGAUAGAUCGGCAGAAAGAAGAGCAUACAGCAAUCUUGGAAACGCCUACAUAUUCCUGGGUGAAUUUGAAACCGCUUCUGAAUACUACAAGAGGACGUUACAGCUGGCUCGCCAGCUUAAAGACAGAGCUGUGGAAGCACAGGCGUGCUACAGCCUUGGGAACACAUACACUUUGCUUCAAGACUAUGAAAAAGCAAUUGAUUAUCAUGUGAAACACCUUGUGAUUGCUCAGGAAUUAAAUGAUAAAAUCGGUGAAGGAAGAGCAUGCUGGAGUUUAGGGAAUGCAUAUACUGCUCUGGGAAAUCAUGACCAAGCUAUGCAUUUUGCAGAAAGGCACUUGGAGAUUUCAAGAGAGGUAGGAGACAGAAGUGGAGAGCUCACUGCUAGACUUAAUCUCUCAGAUCUUCAAAUGGUUCUUGGAUUAAGCUACAGCACAAACAACUCCAUGAUGUCAGAAAGCCAUGUGGUAGAUAACAGUUUCACUGGUACCAGACCAAGAGUAGGACGCCGUCACAGUAUGGAGAACAUGGAACUUAUGAAAUUAACACCAGAAAAGGUUCAGAACUGGAACAGUGAGAUUCUUGCUAAACAGAAACCACUGGUUGCCAAACCUUCAGCAAAACUGCAUUUUGUAAAUCGACUAAAAGGCAAAAAGUACAAAAACGGCACCACGCCCAAAGUUUUGCAGGAUGCCAGUAAUUCAAUUGAUCACCGACUUCCAAACUCUCACAGGAAAAACAGUCGAGAGACAAUGGCAGAUGAAGGUUUCUUUGAUCUGCUGAGUCGAUUCCAGAGUAACAGGAUGGAUGAUCAGAGAUGCUACUUCCAGGAGAAGAACAGAUUCUCAGCUGCUUCAGUGGCAACAUCCUCUACUCCACCUAAAACAAUGAGAAAAUCGUUUCCUACUUCUGUAGUCUCACCCCACACAGAUGAAUUUCUAGACCUACUUGCUAGCUCACAGAGCCGCCGGCUAGAUGACCAACGCGCCAGCUUUAGUAACCUGCCCGGGCUUCGUCUUACUCAACACAACAGUCGGUCGGUCCUGGGGCGCCUCAUGGCAAGUAACAACAGAGAACUCGACGAUGACUUCUUUGAUAUAUUGAUAAAAUGCCAGGGUUCCAGACUGGAUGACCAAAGAUGUGCUCCUCCAUCAUCUGCAAAAGGACCAACUGUACCAGAUGAGGAUUUUUUCAGCCUGAUUUUACGAUCACAAGCGAAGAGAAUGGAUGAACAAAGAGUCCAUUUACCCUCAACUAUAAAGGGACCCAAUUCUAGCUAAAGAAAGAAACAGACACCUACUGUACAGUAGCAUCUUAGGGAUCAUUUUUGUUUGCUGGAAAUACAUGCCUUUUUACAGAUGAUGGCAAUUAGUAGUAUUUUUCCCCUUUCUAAUAUUUUUUUUUGUAUAAAUAGUAGCAGCAUCACACUCAUGACCAGUAGUUAGAGUUGCUACUGCUCUCUGCAGUUGGCAGCUGCUUUUAGCAGUGUCUGAGAUACCGCUUACUGUAUCUCCCUAUUAACUGCCUCUGUCUAUGAACAUUAAGACGAAUUUUU